UCCUGCUCUCGCCAUGUGGUGGCUGACAGCAGCUCUUCUUUUUUUGUUGUGGGGUUUUUUUUGAGUGCUGCAGCUUCAUUUUCAUAUCUGCUCUCCGAGGCUCAGGGCCAUGGCUCACCUGCAGCAGAGGUGUUUUGGUGGCCACAGGUUCAGCAUGAAGCUCAACUAGCAGCACAAUGACCAUACAGGGGAAAGAUGCCCGUGGGGUUGGACACUCGCUAGCGGAGAGCUGAAGCCCCCAGCCUGUGCCCAGGAGAGCAGGAUGCGGGUCACCACGCGCAGGGUGCUGCUGCUGGUGGGCUCGGUGGCGGCCCUGAUGGUGACCCUGCACCUGGGGCAGCAGGUCCUGGAGUGCCAGCAGGUCCUGAGCGAGAGGCGGCACAGGCUGAUGAGGCCCGAGAACGAGGAGCUGGUGAUGGUGGACGCCAACCACGUGGAGUACCGGUACAGCAAGGACAUGCCCCUGAUCUUCAUCGGCGGCGUCCCCCGCAGCGGCACCACGCUGAUGAGGGCCAUGCUGGACGCCCACCCCGAGGUGCGCUGCGGGGAGGAGACCCGCAUCAUCCCCCGCGUGCUGGCCAUGCGCCAGGCCUGGUCCAAGUCCGGCCGCGAGAAGAUGCGGCUGGACGAGGCGGGGGUGACGGACCAGGUGCUGGACGCGGCCAUGCAGGCCUUCAUCCUGGAAGUGAUCGCCAAGCACGGCGAGCCCGCCAGGUACCUGUGCAACAAGGACCCCUUCACGCUCAAGUCCUCCGUGUACCUGUCCCGGCUGUUCCCCAACUCCAAGUUCCUGCUGAUGGUGCGGGACGGGCGCGCCUCGGUGCACUCCAUGAUCACGCGCAAGGUGACGAUCGCCGGCUUCGACCUGAACAGCUACCGGGACUGCCUGACCAAGUGGAACAAGGCCAUCGAGGUGAUGUAUUCCCAGUGCCUGGAGAUCGGCCGUGCCCGCUGCCUGCCCGUCUACUACGAGCAGCUGGUGCUGCACCCCGAGAGGUCCAUGCACAACAUCAUGAGGUUCCUGGACAUUUCCUGGAGCGACACGGUGCUGCACCACGAGGAGCUCAUCGGGAAGCCCGGUGGGGUGUCCCUUUCCAAGAUAGAAAGGUCAACAGACCAGGUGAUCAAGCCGGUGAACAUGGAGGCGUUAUCCAAAUGGAUCGGGCACAUCCCGGGGGAUGUGCUGCAGGACAUGGCCCACAUCGCCCCCAUGCUCGCCAGACUUGGCUACGACCCCUACGCCAACCCCCCCAACUACGGCCACCCCGACCCCCUGGUUGUCAACAACACGCACAGAGUUUUAAAGGGGGAUUAUAAAACACCGGCCAAUCUCAAAGGUCACCUGCAGGUGACUCAGAACACAUCAUCUCCUCACUAAAAAAAUUAAUGAUUUCCAGAACGCUGCCAAUGGCCUGUUGUUGCCCGAGAAGGAAGAGUGUGCAGUGGGCCCGUGGAAAUCAGUUCUCCAAGCAUAUUGCUUGCUCCUACUGUUGCCAAAUGACUGCGCUCCAGGAAUGUAUUUGCAUUUAUUUGCAAAGGCCAAACGUGCUCCGCGGCGGGAACGUCGCCGGCCUCUCCCAGCGCUCCGUGGGGAAUGCAGCUGUGGAAAUCCGGACUCGGGGGGCGGGAGGAGAUUCCCUGUGCCGUGGCUGGAGGACUCCGUACAUCGCGUUUGUGUCUCGUGAUCUGUUCCCCGUUCCCGGUGUGGGGAACAGCCCUCCCAUCCCUGCUGUUCCGUAUUCCUGGGACCGGGAAGAGCCACCCUGGUCCUGCUGUUCCCAACUCCCAGGGUCAGGAACAGCCCCCUGGCCCCGAAGAGCCUUUGUGGUGCGUGUGCCCUCCCCACCACCUCCUCCCCGACCCUGCAGAGGCUAUUGCAGAGUUAAUAUAUGGCCCCUCCCCUCCUCCACUCCCGGUGUCGGACACCAUUAAAGUGUUGAUUUGAUAUUUAA